AUGGAUUCACUGCAUGUGGUGCUGCAUGGUGCCAAUGUCGUGGCCCUCCCGGACGGAUGGUGCUUGGCCGUGCGUUCUUGGGGCGGGUCUCUUUGCAUUCACAUGCUAAGUGGAUGUGUCUAUAUAAAUCUGCGCGUGGUCAACGUUGUCAUUUGUGCUGCGGCGAGGGAAAUAGAUUCACUGAAUGAAAACAGGGCAGGAAAAAAAAGAAUGGUGGCGACUACUGACUGUGUGAACAAGUCCUACUCAAUCCCCGCAAAUAAGGUAUCCAAACCUCUGAUGGAGAAGAAACGAAGGGCUCGCAUUAACAAGUGUUUGGACCAGUUGAAAUGUCUUCUGGAGAGCCACUACAGCAGCACUAUUCGGAAGCGCAAACUGGAGAAGGCUGACAUCUUGGAGCUCACCGUGAGACAUUUGAAGCACCUUCAGAAAUCUCACGCCUUUGCUUCCGCGCGCGGGGAGCUCUCCGACUACCACCGAGGCUUCCACAGCUGCCUGGCCAACUUCAACCACUACUUACUGAGGGCUGACACAGUGACCGACCGAGGACGCCUGAAGUUGGCACUGCUACGAGGCAAACUGGCGGAGAUGUUCAGGACCACGGACAGCGGCCCAGAAAUGGCGUGCAGAGGCGAGGACGACAACGCGACCUCUCAGAGGAUCCGCGGCGCUUCUCACUUUCGCCAGAGCGGUGAAAGUGAGACCGAGUGGCGGAGGCCCACGCAGCAGGUGUCCACACCGCGUGGGCUGGUCGCUGCCCCCACGAUAAAUGCUCGGGAAAAACGAGCCGCUCAAAGGAAACGUCACUCCAGGAGUCUUGGUGAAGUGGGAAGCACCCAUCACAUUAUGUGGAGACCUUGGUAG